GAGGAGAAGGAAGAGGAGAAAAAUUCAUAACAAGAUACUAAUGAGGCAGCUAUGGUGGCAUGAACAAGCUGUGACAACUGAGUGCAGAAUGUGUAAAUUUCCAGAUGUUGUUCAUCUGCAACUGUCAUCAUAGCCAAUAAUGGGGAGGUCCUUGCAUGUUGAAGGGUUGACUAUGUCGCUUCGGUUUGGGCAGCAUCUCAUCAAGCCUUCAGUGGUGUUUCUGAAGACGGAACUAUCUUUUGCCCUAGUGAAUCGGAAGCCGGUGGUCCCAGGCCAUGUUCUCAUUUGCCCACUCCGUCCUGUGGAACGUUUCCGUGACCUACGCCCUGAAGAAGUGGCUGACCUUUUCCGUACAACACAGCUGGUGGGCAAUGUAGUAGAACAACAUUUUGGUGGAACUUCACUCACUAUUUCAGUUCAGGAUGGUCCCGAAGCUGGACAGACUGUGAAGCAUGUGCACGUCCAUAUACUUCCCAGGAGGGCUGGAGAUUUCAGCAGAAAUGACAACAUCUACAAUGAGCUUCAGCACCAUGACAAAGAGGCCGAGGAGUCCCCCAGCAAAUGGAGAUCAGAGGAUGAAAUGGCAGCAGAAGCAGCCAGCCUCAAAAAGUAUUUUCAGUGAAAAAAGAGGCAACAAAGUACCUUCAACGAAUGCUGAAACACAAGAAAAUGGAGACAGAAGCCCCUUUUGUUUACCGCUGAAAUGUGAUUUAAAGCACAGAAGAUGUCAGCGUAUUCCACUGAGACACUAGAUUCUUCCACAGGGUUUUUUAUUGGCCCUGCCUAAGCGUUAUUUUAGUUAAGAUGCUUGAUAGCUUGGGUUUCAUAGAGAAUGUCUUUAAAUAGUUGCUUGAAAUUUCUUUGUGAGUAAAUCUUUUAAAAUUAUCCCUUUGCCUACCAUGAAAUAAAGCCUUAAAA